AUGGCUCCGAACGAAACAUCCUUACUUCCUUCUUCAGAUGUUGUUUAUACUUAUGACGAGACGUCACCCAUUGCUAAGGAGCUCAUGUUCGUAUCUGCCCUUUGCAAGACAACAAACUGUAGAGAAAGUCUUGACGUAUGGGAUUGUCCCACAUGUUCUGAAGUAUUACCUGAUGCUGUCGUUGUUCGAACUUUUAAAACGUUUCCUAAUGAUAUCACCGGCCAAAUACUGAGAUCGGACAAUAUGACAGCGUUUUUUAUUCAAGUCAGGGGAGCUAAUAGCAAUAGCAACAGAAUUCUUUGGAGCAAACAAAACUUGGUUGAUCAUCCAUUCAUCCCUGGCGCUCGAGUACAAGAAGGUUACUUGGAAUCUGCGUUAGAUAUCCGAGAAAUCAUUCGCAAUACGAUGAAGGAUCAAUUGACGAUAUAUCCAAACUAUAAAGUAGCAGUAGUUGGACAUUCUUUUGGUGCUGGUGUUUGUUCAUUAGUCGCUACACAUCUUCAAUAUGAUUUCCCUCAGUUGAACCGUAAUAACUUUAAGGCUUAUUUAUUAGCCAAGCCUCGUGUAGGUGAUUACAACUAUGCGAAAUAUGUCGCAGACAAGGAUAUAGAGAUCGUCCGUCUUGUGAAUGCUUUAGAUGGCAAGUAUAUAUAUGCAUAUGAUCAAAUGCCUCAUAAGCCAUCAAUCCUCGAUGGAUAUGUUCAUGAAGGGGAUGAAUACUGGUUAAAAUAUUAUAAUAACGGAGAAUUGUUGCUGAAAGUUUGCCCUGGACCCUUCGAAACAAGAAACUGCUCCAACUCAUCUCCCUAUUUUUCUUCCUUUGAGCACUCUGAAGCCUUUGGUAUACAAGAGGCAUGUUUCCCUGAUGAUGCUCUACAUCUCAACUUUACUGCAUUAAUUGAAAAGCUUUCAAAUGAAACAAUAUCACAAAUCAGCAACAGCAACAACUAA